AUGUCGAAAGUCAUUCGUAGUGUCAAGAAUGUCACUAAGGGCUAUUCCAAUGUCCAGAUCAAAGUGCGCGAUGCGACAAGCAAUGAUCCAUGGGGCCCGACGGGGACGCAGAUGAGCGAGGUCGCUCAGAUGACCUUUAACUCAUCAACCGAGUUCUACGAGAUUAUGGAUAUGAUCGAUAAACGUCUCAACGACAAGGGCAAGAACUGGCGGCACGUGUUGAAGGCGCUCAAAGUUCUCGACUACUGCUUGCACGAAGGGUCGGAACUGGUCGUCACUUGGUCCAAGCAAAACAUAUUCAUCAUCAAGACGCUGCGCGAGUUCCAAUACAUCGAUGAGGAUGGUAGAGACGUUGGUCAGAAUGUUCGUGUUGCGGCAAAGGAACUCACCUCCUUGAUUCUGGACGAGGAGAGGCUGCGAGCCGAACGAACCGAUAGGAAGUCGUGGAAGUCGCGUGUCAAUGGUUUGGAGGAAUUCGCGCCUCAACAGAGCCAUGGUGGCCGAGCGGAACAGUCACGGCAGCGCAACCGGCCGCAGAACGAAGAAGAGGACGCAGAGUACCGACUAGCCAUUGAAGCUAGCAAGCACCAAGAGGAAGAAGACAGGAAAAAACGGGAGAGCCGGGCGGCCGACAUCGACGACGACGACUUGGCAAAGGCCAUUAAGCUCAGCCAAGAGGAGGAAGAGAGGCGUCGGCGGGAGCUUGAGGAGAGCAACGCGAGCGUUCUGUUCGACACGAGCGAACCUUCUCAGACCAGCCAGCCCCAGUUCACCGGUUUCAACCAGGGCUACCAGCAAGGAAGCGCGGUCGAUUUCUUUGCGAACCCGAUCGAUCAGAGCCAGAUGCAAGCGCAGCCAACGGGCUACGUGAACAAUGCUUAUACGGGUUUCCAGGCGCAACCGACCGGCUACCCGAACGGCUAUAGCAACGGAUUUGGCCAACCACAAGGAGCCUUCGAUCCAUUCGGCCAGCAGCAGCAACAGCAGCCCCAGAUCCAGCAAACCUUCCAACCCCAACCUACUGGCUACAAUCCUUACCUUCAGCAGCAGCAACAGCAACCACAACAGUUCCUCCAGCCUCAGGCCCAGGAGCCGGGUCUGCAACCCGGUAGUAACAACCCCUGGGCCAGCAACAACAGCAGCCCGCAGUCGCUCAAGCCCACGCCAACUGGCUCCAACAACCCCUUCGCCCAACGCCCAUCGACGGGAUACAAGCCCCAAUCAGCAAACCCGCUCGGCAGCCUCCCAGAGCAAAAGACGCUCGCUACCUUCCAACCCCAGCAACAGCAGUCCUCCUCCCCCUUCGGCGGCAAUUUCCAACAACAGCCCCAACCGCAGCAACAACAACCUCAACAGCAGCAACAACCGCAAAAAGAAAUGUCCGAGCACGAAGCCCGCCUCAACGCCCUCCUCGCUACUGGCGAUGGUCUCGACACCUUCGGCAACACCGGCAACCUGCGUAUCCCCGCCCAGCACACCGCCCCAGGCGUGUUUGUCAACAGCGCCGGCGCCAACCUCAACCGCAUCAACGCCGAUGCCACCGGCAAUAACCCCUUCCUGCGGCAGCAGUUCACCGGUAUGCCGUCUGUCUCAUACCCGCAGCAGCAACAGCAGGGCGGCCAACAAUUGCCCGCUGCGACAGGCCCAGCUGGGGUGAACAACCCGUUUGCGGCGAGGGGUGGGGGUGCUGGACAGCAGCAGCAGCAGGGAGGUCAGGGGGAUUUGAUUCAGUUUUAA